AUGCUAAAGUCAACGAACGCUUCUUCUUCAAAGUCAUUCUUGGAGCUCGACUCUUCUCUCAAACUUCUUGUAGUUUUUGCUAUCUUCUGCAUCUCGAUUGCUCUUCUCCAGUCUGACAGGAUCGCCGCCGCAGCUCGCCGAGGCGUCAACAAUGCCAUCACUCUUGCCGUUCUUCUUGUCGACGACAUGCUCGCGGGUGUUGAGAUGCUCUCUACUUCUCCUCGUACUCAUCAAGUCCUCCAAGGAGCUCAGAAACAUCUCUUCAAGUUGAUGAAGGCUGUUCAAGCAACUGUCAUGCUUGCCAUCCAACAUGCCGAAUUCCAGCGCAGAGCUCAGAGUGUGAUUCCUCUCACUGAGAGAGCUGUCCUAAGAUCUGUUGGAGCUGCUCAUGCUCUGGCCGGUCAUGCUCGAGCUUUACUUGGCUUUACGCUGGUGCUCAUAUCCAUCGUCCUCCAUGCCAUCGUGAACUACCUCCGUGAUUCUGCUGCCACCACAGACUUCACCGCCAUUAUCCUCAGCGCUGGCAACUUCGCCCUCAAGAACAUUUUCAACUUUUACGACCUCCUCUACAACGUCUUGGCCAUCCUCGGAAUGUAUUCUGCCACUGCUGAAGCAUGGUUCACCACACAUAUCUCCGUUCCUGCACUAUCCGUCGGCCUUGUGAAUCUCACCUGGAUUCCCCUAAAGACUGCUGCAACAUGGCUGUGUUCUGUCUGGGAAACUUUGGACAUCUUUGCUCCCUUUCAAAAGAUGGCUCAAGAGCUCGAGGCUGUUUAUGAGAUGGUCUUUGGGACUGGAGAUGUGAGUGGUCGCACGUUUGGCGAGACAACGGCACCAGCAGCCAGGCUAAACACUCCGAGAGAGCCAGUCGCGGCUAUUGAGGGUGAGUAUCAGUCUCCUUGGAAAGACAGACUGCGCAAAAGAUCUGUCAGCACUGGUAGACACUAG